AUGCCCGCGCGACAAAGACUCGAGACAGCAGUGAGCCGGCGGGGAGCGAUGUUGAGUGACAAUGAUGGCCUCAAGUCGAGGCACAAUGUGAAUGGCGAUGGCGCGGGAGCCAAGGAUGGAGUGGCCUCCAAACAAGCUGCAGGCAGUAAUCGACAUGGCCAGGAGGUGCUGCUCCCAUGCAAGCCGUCUGCACGAAUGGACAAGGGACUCGCCCAUCGGCCCAGGCUGGCGGGAAACCUUGACACGAAAGAAGGCAACGGCUGGAGAGAAGAUCCGCGGCAAUGGGCCACAGGGCAAGCCGCUCAGCUGACUGGCGUCGAGAUGUGCAAUGCCGGAGCGGGUUGCCAAACUUGGCGUUGA